GCACCCCAGACCUGGCGGCCGCCGGGUAGGGCGCAGAGCGCCGGGACUGCACGGCCGCUCUGGCUCGGGCUACUCUGCUGGGCUCAGCGCGCGAAUUCCGACCAGCAUGGCGGUGGAGGAAGAGGGGCUCCGGGUCUUCCAGAGCGUGAAGAUCAAGAUCGGUGAAGCCAAAAAUCUUCCCACCUACCCGGGGCCAAACAAGAUGCGAGAUUGCUACUGCACCGUGAACCUGGACCAAGAGGAGGUUUUCAGGACCAAAAUUGUGGAGAAAUCACUCUGCCCCUUCUAUGGAGAGGACUUCUACUGUGAAAUUCCUCGGAGCUUUCGUCACCUGUCAUUUUACAUUUUCGAUAGAGACGUUUUCCGGAGGGAUUCCAUCAUAGGGAAGGUGGCCAUCCAGAAGGAAGACCUGCAGAAGUACCACAACAGGGACACCUGGUUCCAGCUGCAGCACGUUGACGCUGACUCAGAAGUUCAGGGCAAGGUCCACUUGGAACUGAGGCUGAGUGAAGUCAUCACCGACACGGGUGUUGUCUGCCACAAGCUGGCCGCGCGCAUCCUGGAAUGCCAGGGCCUCCCCAUCGUGAACGGGCAGUGUGACCCUUACGCCACUGUGACACUAGCAGGACCAUACAGAUCGGAAGCAAAGAAGACAAAAGUGAAAAAGAAGACCAACAACCCUCAGUUUGACGAAGUGUUUUAUUUCGAGGUGACCAGACCCUGCAGCUACAGCCGCAAGUCCCACUUCGACUUUGAGGAGGAGGACGUGGACAAACUUGAAAUCCGAGUUGAUCUCUGGAAUGCCAGCAACUUGAAGUUUGGAGAUGAGUUUCUGGGAGAACUCAGGAUUCCGCUGAAAGUGCUGCGGCAGUCCAGCUCCUAUGAAGCCUGGUACUUUCUACAGCCCCGAGACAAUGGCAGUAAGAGUCUGAAGCCAGGGGACCUGGGAUCCCUGCGGUUGAAUGUAGUUUACACAGAAGACCACGUCUUCUCCUCCGACUACUACAGCCCGCUUCGGGACCUUCUGCUGAAGUCUGCUGAUGUUGAGCCUGUCUCAGCGUCCGCGGCCCACAUCCUGGGUGAAGUGUGCAGAGAAAAGCAGGAGGCAGCCAUCCCGCUGGUGCGACUCUUCCUGCACUGCGGCCGGGUGGUGCCCUUCAUCAGUGCCAUCGCCAAUGCCGAGGUCUGCAGGACACAGGACCCCAACACCAUUUUCCGAGGAAACUCGUUGACAUCCAAGUGCAUUGACGAGACGAUGAAGCUGGCCGGGAUGCACUAUCUGCACGUCACCCUGAAGCCCACCAUAGAGGAGAUAUGCCAGAGCCACAAACCCUGUGAAAUCGACCCCGUGAAGUUAAAAGAUGGAGAAAACCUUGAAAACAACAUGGAGAACCUGCGGCAGUACGUCGACCGCAUCUUCAACGUCAUCACUAAGUCGGGGGUCAGCUGCCCGACUGUCAUGUGCGACAUUUUCUUUUCCCUUCGAGAGGCAGCUGCCAAGCGCUUCCAGGAUGACCUGGAUGUGAGGUACACGGCUGUGAGCAGCUUCAUUUUCCUGAGGUUCUUCGCUCCUGCCAUCCUGUCCCCCAACCUCUUCCAGCUCACACCCCACCACACAGACCCGCAGACUUCUAGGACGCUGACACUCAUCUCGAAGACUAUUCAAACUCUGGGCAGCUUGUCCAAGUCCAAGUCCGCCAGCUUUAAGGAAUCCUACAUGGCUGCAUUUUAUGAGUUCUUCAAUGAGCAGAAAUAUGCAGACGCAGUAAAAAACUUCUUAGAUUUGAUCUCGUCCUCUGGGAGAAGAGACCCUAAGAGUGUGGAGCAGCCCAUCCUGCUUAAGGAGGGGUUCAUGAUUAAGAGGGCCCAGGGCCGAAAACGCUUCGGGAUGAAGAAUUUUAAGAAAAGGUGGUUUCGCCUGACAAAUCAUGAAUUUACCUACCAGAAAAGCAAAGGAGACCAGCCUCUCUACAGCAUUCCCAUUGAGAACAUUCUGGCCGUGGAGAGACUGGAGGAGGAGUCCUUCAAGAUGAAGAAUAUGUUCCAGGUCAUCCAGCCUGAGCGAGCGCUGUAUAUCCAGGCCAACAACUGCGUGGAGGCCAAGGCCUGGAUCGACAUCCUCACCAAAGUGAGCCAGUGCAACAAGAAGCGCCUCACGGUCUACCACCCCUCCGCCUACCUCAACGGCCACUGGCUGUGCUGCAGGGCCUCCUCGGACACGGCCCCCGGCUGCUCCCCCUGCACCGGCGGCCUCCCGGCGAACAUCCAGCUGGACAUCGACGGGGACCGAGAGACGGAGCGCAUCUACUCCCUGUUCUGCCUGCACAUGAGCAAACUGGAGAAGAUGCAAGAGGCCUGUGGGAGCAGAUCUGUGUACGAUGGCCCAGAGCAGGAGGAGUACUCGACCUUCAUCAUCGACGACCCCCAGGAGACCUACAAGACACUGAAGCAGGUCAUUGCCCGGGUCGGGGCCUUGGAGCAGGAGCACGCCCAGUACAAAAGGGACAAGUUCAAGAAGACCAAAUACGGGAGCCAGGAGCACCCCAUUGGAGACAAGAGUUUCCAGAGCUACAUCAGGCAGCAGUCAGAGGUCUCCACCCAUUCCAUUUAAGCCUGGAGGCGCCCUGUCCCAGGACGGUGUCGUGGGCUGCACCAGAGAAGUCUCGGUCUCUGCAAAGCGGGGAGACAAAGACAAGAAGGCUGAGCAAGGAAGCGGAGGGACCCACACUUCCUCCACUGGCGCAGAUGACAAGCAUCAAGCUCAUUGAUCUUCUGAGACUCCAGGGCUGUUUCUAUGGUUGCGAUGCACUUUAUUCACACUGGUGGGCGGGCGCCCCGACCUGGCCUUUCUGGACCGACCGACCGAGGUGCCAUCUCGCCCUCUGCAGAGCGAGUGCUUCUGUCCCUCUCGUGCCCCACUGCCUCUGCUGGUCCCCGUGGCACCUGCCCCAGGGAGCCUGCUGCUCAGCACAGCUGGGGCCUUGAGAGCAUUACUCUUUUCUACGAGCCUGCUGUCCCAGCACCCACGGGCAGGAGGCCUCCUGGUUUCAGCUUUUGAUGUUGGUGUUGUUCCUGGCUGGAGGGUCAGUUUUUUGGCCGGGAUGUGCAGAAGUGCACGGAGAUCCCAAUUUGAGGAUGCUCUUGAUGUUUCAGGGGUACAGGGUUCUUCUGUUGAGGUCCUGGUGGGGGCAGUUCCAGGCGUCUGUCCCGCAGGUUAGAAUCCCGCUGCUGCUGGCUGCCCCCCGAGCCGCUGACCACUACGCUGGGAGCUGCUCUGUGCCCAGUUCAAGCACCGGUGGUGUUGGCUGUCAGCGGGGCCGAAAAGUAGGAUCCACACUCGGGGAAGAUUUUAAAAAUAGAAAAAAUAGAAAUGUGCAUUAUUUUCAAGCCGUUUUUCCUAAUGUUUUUUACUUAGCUCUUUGAUACAAAAUAACUCAGAAUCUCCAAACCUGGACUUUUUAAAGGGAGGGUGCCACCGCAGGGCACAGAAGGGAAUGGGGUACACCUCAUGGAAACUAAUUACAGGUCCUCCAAAGAAAGCGAGGAAAGGUCCUGGCCAGGGGGCUCAGUUAUUAGUUGAAAGUCGUCUUAUACACCGAAAGGUUGCAGGUUCGAUCCCUGGUCAGGGCACAUACCGAGGUUGCGGGUUCAGUCCCGUCGGAAUGCAUAAAAGAGACAACCAAUCAGUGUUCUCUCCCCCACCCUCUCCCUCUCUUUCUGUCUCUCUCUCUGCCUCCUUCUCUCUCUAAAAUCAGUACACAUAGGAUUAAAAGGAAACAGAGGAAGGGAAGGAAUGCUGACCUUGAAGUGGGAGGCACUGAGCUGUGCAGACGCCCCCUGGGCCCCAGAAGCAGUACUGCACUGUGUUUCUUUGAAGCCCUUAGGAGCAGCGAUGGGGGCUGCUUUCUCUGGGGGUGAGGGCGUCCUAUAACGCAAGGGGAGCUGUUUGCUGACUUUUCCCAGGCAGCCCUCGUAGCUGCAGGCGCCGGCUUUGGAAAGCACCGUUCAGACACGCAGGACCAUGUGCUUUUGUGUCCAUCUUUGUUCUUGUUCGCAGGGACUGUCCUUCAGACUCAAUCUAGAUGGCAGAUAGUAAUGUUACUUGCUGCAAAAAAAAAGAUGGUGGAGAAAUAUGUUGCAAAAAAUAAACUUUGGGAUGCUCACCGAAUGGCAGUUUUUAACAUGGAUUUGUAACUUGAUGUUUCUGUUUAUAAGAUACUAAUGAUUUGUGAUGUAUUUUACCGGCCAAUUAAAACGGACAUUUUAUUCUU